GGAACCUAUAAGAUACAAAUCCCUCUAUAUAAAUGCCGUUCUCUCCAGAUUUGUUAAAAUUUUUUGGCUUUCUAGCGGCCUCCGUACCCUCGCUUCUCUUGCGGAUCGCCGUCUGUCCACGGCAAUGGCGGCCGACGAGGAAUCGCCGAGUAUGAGGAAGACGACGGAUCGUGGCGUCAAGAAGCUUCUUCCUGGCGAGAAAGUCGAGGUACUAUAUUCUGAAGAAGGGCUCAAGGGAUCUUGGCAUUUUGGUGUGAUCAUUGAUUGUGGAAUGUUUUCUCGUACUGUGGAGCUUACUGAUCUUUUGAAUGAAGACAAUUGUUCAAAGGUUGUUGACAUAGUCCGUGUGUCAGCUGCUAUAGAGGGUUUGAAAAGAAACACCUCAAAAUUACAUCGUAACUGGAUAAGACCAGUACCUCCUAAAGACAGAAUAAAGGCAACUGAGCUUAUAUAUGGGCUUUGUGUUGAUGCCUUUGUGGAUGAUGCUUGGUGGGAAGGUGUAGUUUUUGAUCACAAUGAGGGCUCCUUGGAACGGCUGGUCUUUUUUCCCGACCAAGGAGAUCAGCAAGUUGUUAAUUUUAAAAAGCUUCGUAUCACCCAGGAAUGGAAUGAAGCUUCCGGACAUUGGAAACAUCGUGGACUGUGGCUGUUUCUUCAAGUUAUCCAAAAUUUUGAGCUGGAAGGUCCAUUGCCUGUCUCUGUUAGGGAAAUAUGGUAUGACUUAAGAAGCAUGAAUUCAUUCUUAGAAAAGAUUGGAGUGUGGAUUUCUGGAUCGAAAUUGAUGUGGCAUGAAUUGGUAGCAGAGUUAAUACAAGAACUUCAAUCUGUAGUUAACGGUCUUCCAGUUGAAUUAUCAACUUUUCGUGAGGAGUUAUGUGAAAACCCUAGGAAUUUUGAUGCUAUAGAUUGUUCACGGGAAUUUCUUCCUGUUUCAGAUGGAAAAUUUGUCGUGGUAAAUGGUGGAAUGAGUUCUGGUCCUGCAAGUAAUUUUCCUGAAUUAUUGAAUCCUAAGGAUCAGUCCUCAUGCGAUAGCGAUGCCUUUAAAACCCAUGUUACUUGGCGUUUCUUUCAUGAAGGGUCACAAAGAGAAGCUUCAACCGAAGAGGUUUGCAGGGAACAAGUUAUUAUCUUGUCCAGUGGAAAUGAUCCAAAUAACACACAAGAUUCUAGCCCUCAUGGGAAACAACUUGAUUAUAGUUUGAAGCAUGCAUCCAUUGAUGGAAUGCAUUGUGAACCUUAUGAAAAGGUUCUUGAUGGUUCCCAAAAGAUGGCACAGACCAACUGCCAAAACUCUACUUUUGUCUCUAAUAAAUUGGCUGGCCAGAAUCAAGGGGUUGAAUCCAAAGAUGGCACUUUUAAUAUCACUGCCUUGGGAAACUUUAAAACAUGGCAGCUUAUGGAAGUUCAAGCUGAAAAUUGUGCUGAAGCAAUACCUUUAUAUUUAAAUGAUAAAAAAUUUGGAGAUGAUGCUCCGAGAAGGUCAAAAUCACAUGAAAAAGAGCUUAGCUCACUAAGGCUUAAAGCAAAAAGGCAUCUUGUAGCUUUAGGGUGGAAUAUUGAAGCUAGAAGAGAGCGUGGGAGUUUAAGGGUUCGUUUUGUGUCACCAAAGGGUCGCUGCUAUUCUUCCCUUCGUAGUGCUUGCUUUGGUUUGUUAGGGAGGCAGCCAGAAAAUAAUAGAAGACAGAAGUUGAAUAAAUUAAAGAGUUUAGACGGCUUCCAUUUUGUCCCAAGUUCUUAUGAGCUUCUUUCAAUGAACAAUGGGGGUGAAACAAAAUAUGGUCCACAUGAGAAUAUUCUCAAUGUAUUUCUUCCUGUCACGAAGAAACAUAAAAUCAAAGACUCUAGACACGCUACUAAGCUGAAUGUGGCUAAUGGAGAUACAAAAACAAAAACAAAUCUUCAGAGGAAGCGUAGGCUGGUAUCUGAGGCGACAAGAUCUGAUGAGACAUCAAAUAAUUGUUUUAUGAAUGAAAAAUCAAGAUGUGAUUUUAUUGGUAAGAGGCACACUAAUGUUGGUUGUUCUUCCUCAAAGAAAAGAGAUUUGGUAUCGAAAGUUUCUAAAAAAAAGUUUCCUAUGCAUAAGGAUAUUGAACCAGAGAAUUUUCCAGGAGCAGUAACGCAAUAUGUUAACUACAGGAAUUUGAGGCGUAUGUCUGGGAAGAAACAGUCUUCUGUGAAUUUUAGUAUUUUAAAAUUAAAUGCUAAGAAGAAUCUUUUCUCUGUGGGGUGGAGGGUUUGGAAAACAAAUUCUGCAUUAUUGUAUGUUUCUCCCAGUGGCAAGCCCUUUCCUUCUCUUUACUCAGCCUGCAAGGCCUGUUUGGAAGAAGAAAACCAUGGGGUUGGUGCUUCAAGAUCUCUUUUAAAUGGAAGAAUUAGAAGAAGACUAGAGUACAUGUCUAGGGAGAGGAAACCUUUGAAUAAUGAUAAUAAACUUUUGAGAAGAGUUUGCCGAUGUUCUACCACAAUGUCCGAUGAAAACUUCCAAGAAACUUUCAACCUAUUACAGAAUUGUGUUGAAAAAGGUUGCACUGACUCAAACAGAUCUACUGAAUUGGCGGCAUGUAGUUUUUCUCAAAUGCUUUCAAAAGAAUGCAGAUCUAAGAAGAGAAGAAUGGCUUCUUCUGCAUGCAAAUGUUUAGAUCAGAGAUCUAAGAAGAGAAGAAUGGCUUCUUCUGCUUGCCAAUGUUUAGAUCAGAAAUUUUUGAGACACUCAGCUUGUUGCUCCACUGCUUGUGAGAAAUUAGAAAGGAGGGAGACAUCACCGGCUGUUGUCAGGAAACGUCGUCGUUUGACAAGUACUUCCUCUUGUCGUGUUCGUCCAAGCAAAAGAUCACGAGAGGUUGAUGCAUUGUCUACCAGCCAGCAUGUCUCUAGAACAGUUUUGUCUUUAUUGAUUGAAAAUGAUAUAGUACUACCAAGGCAGAAGGUUAUGUAUAUUUGCAAAAAUGAUGGUCAUAUUAUGAUGGAAGGACGAAUAACUCGUGAAGGGAUUAAGUGCAAAUGCUGUUCAAAAGUAUACUCUCUCUCAAAUUUUGAGUUACAUGCCGGAAGCACUUUGGGACGUCCAGCUGCAAACAUAUUUCUAAAAGAUGGAAGAUCCUUAUCGCAGUGCCAGAUGCAGAUGCAGAGUUCUGAAAUUUUGGAGGGCUUCCAACGCUCGCGACAAAAAAGUGACUAUUCCAUCUAUGAGAGUGAUAGCAUUUGCUCUGUUUGCCAUGAUGGUGGCUCAUUAAUCCUAUGUGAUCAUUGUCCUUCAUCAUUUCACCUAGAUUGUGUUGGCUUAAAGGAUGUGCCUGAUGAUAAAUGGUUUUGUCCAUCCUGUCGUUGCCACAUUUGUGGUGAGAGUGAAUUUAACCCUGAUGCUGAACAAUUUACAGAUAAAACAAUGUUGUAUUGUGAUCAGUGUGAGCAUGAAUACCAUGUUGGAUGCAUGAGAAAAAGAGGAUGGAGAAGUUUAAAGUCAUGCCCAACUGGAAAUUGGUUUUGUAGUCAAAGUUGUUCAAAGAUAUUUCUUGAUCUCCGGAAGCUUGUAGGAAUAUCUAAACCGACUGCUGUUGAAGGUUUGUCAUGCACCAUUUUGAGAUCUGGCAGAGAUUAUAGGGCUGGCUGUCAUCAGUUUGAUUCUGAGGUACAGGCUGAACAUCAUAGCAAGCUCUGUGUUGCACUCAAAGUACUUCAUGAAUGCUUUGUGACUAUAAUCGAACCCCGUACACAGAGUGAUAUUGUUGCAGAUAUUCUUUUCAGUAAAGAGUCAGAACUAAAACGAUUGAACUUUUAUGGAUUUUAUGCUAUGCUUUUAGAGAAGGGAGAUGAGCUGAUAUCUGUGGCCACAUUCAGGAUCUAUGGUGGAAAGGUAGCUGAAAUGCCACUUGUUGGCACUCGUAUUAAAUAUCGUCGACAAGGAAUGUGCCGUCUUCUAUUAGGUGAAAUUGAGAAGCUACUUGUUUCAGUUGGAGUGGAAAGAUUUCUACUACCGGCGGUGCCUCAGCUUCUUGAAACAUGGACUUCUUCAUUUGGAUUUGAUAAAAUGAGCAACACUGAUAGGUUGAAUCUUUUGGACUACUCUGUUCUGAAUUUUGAGGACACUACAAUGUGCCAAAAAGUCUUGAGGGUAGCGCCAAUGGCUGACUCUAAACCAAUAGAUAAUUGCAACAGCAACAUCAACAAUACAGAUUCCGACAAUCACGAACAAGCUCGCAAGGUUGUUUUAGCAUUACCGUGUUUUGUCAACAAGUACAGUCCUUUGCCUACUGCAACUAGAACUCAUUGAACAGACAAAGCCAACAAACUUCCUGUGCAAAUUCCUGAACCAAACUGCAGUAGAAUGUAUUUCGAAUAAUAAGCCGAUGAGGUAAUGCUACAGCAUGUUCUUGGAUCUGGAAUUGGGCUAGCACUUCAAGCUCUCUACAAGCAGAAUAUAUCAGUUCAAAGGCAUCUAUUUCAGGUCAAAAGUGAUUAUUUUUUUAUUGGUGCUGAGUGAUGAAGUGAGGAUGCUUUGUUUUAGAAAAAAGAUGAUUUUGUACAGUUUGAGAGAACUCUUAGAUUAGGUUGUUUAUAUUGUUUGGCAUGCUUUUUAUUCCUUUGGUUCAUUCCUGUACCAAUGUGGUGGAAUGUAAAUUUUGGUAGGAAGGGUACUUUUUUACUGCUUUCAAGAUGUAGGCGGCUUUAGCAUGAGGAGUCAUAUUUGUCACCUUGUUAACUGAAAUUUUCAUUGGGGGUUCAUUUCUGCUCUAA